AUGCUGGCUCCUACAAAAGGCCUGCUGUGCAACCUCAACCACAUCCAUCUGCAGCACAUCUCCCUGGGGCUGCAUCUCUCCCGGCACCCAGAGCUCCAGGAGACCUCUGCCUCCAUGGGUGGGAGAGACCAGACUGGCUGCACCAACUGCCCAGAGAACUGUGAGCAAGUGGAUGCCAAUUCCAACAGUCCCUCCUUGAAAUGCCAGUGUUGUGAGUCCCAUACUCAGCAGCUGGUGACAUUGGGUCUCCAGAAUCAGGCAGCUCCAGAGGAUUUCCCCUGCCUGCAUGCUGGAGAGGAGGUGGUUUCCCCUUGCGAUCCCCAUUGCGAUCUGGCUUCCUCCUCCUCCUCCUCGUCCGUCAGUAGCUGCUCAGAUUUCAGCUUGGAUGACUCCCCGGUCUCUGUGUACUGCAAAGGGUUCUCCAGAGAAGAGUCCAAAUCCCCUGAAAAUCAGCCCAACAUCAUUCCCAUAGAAGACAGCCAGGAUGACCAGUCAUUGGCAGACCAGAGUAGGACAUGUGGUGGAAGAGAUGCUAACCUCAACCACUCAGUGCUCCAGAGAUCAGACACCGUGACUGGAGAAAGCCCAGACAGCCUCUGCAGCGGCACCUCACUUGACUCCCAGGGCAAUGAGACCUCUCCCAGCACGGCGGUGCAGGAGGCCACCAGCAUCUAUGCCAACCGAGACCCUAACUGCAACUCCCUGCCCAACACUGAUGCAGUGUCUCCGGCACCACCUGUGCCAGCACGGUGUGAUCCAGCUCUGAGCAGCACUCCUGAGCUGCAGCCCUGGGCUGGCAGCAUCCCCCCACCAGUGCCCCCCCGGCCCCGCAGACGGCUGCAGGUUCUCAGUGCACACAGAGCGGAGCAGCCGCUCCUGCCUGCGCAGCCAGAGCCCAGCUCGGGCAAACUGUGCAGAGAUGUGGGCCAGAGGACCAUCACCUCCUUCCAUGAGCUUGCCCAAAAGAGGAAGAGAAACGCUGUUGGGCCUGCCCAGGCCAGGGCUGACAGGAGCGACUGGCUGAUUGUGUUCUCACCUGACACAGAGCUGCCACCCCCCAGUGAGCUCCUCUCCAGUGCCAUGGGCCAGGAGCCAACCCGGCCUCAGCUCCCGCAUGACUGGGCUGUGAAAGCGCCCAGCUCCAGGCAGAGAGAGGUGACCACGUUCAAGGAGCUGCGGUACCGCAACGCCUCCAGUAAGCCCAAGGGCCAGCCAGCUGCAGAGCGGGCAGAACCAGCGGCAGCUCCACACCCACCCGCACCCCUUGACAUGGCUGCAGGCAGUGAUGGCUCAGGCUGGAUGCCACCCAUGCCUCUGGGUGGACACUUGCUGGCACCUAGGGAGAGCCACCAGCUGAAAAGAAGAAGGGCCCGACUGGGGCUGCAGCCCAUUGUAGAGGGACAGCCAGGGGACCCGGAGGAAGGGGAGCUGCCAGCCCGAAGUGGCCUCCCAGGAGAGAAGGGGCUGGGCUCUGGUUGUGAUAAAGCCACCCUAGUCUGGGGGCUCGGGGAACCUGAAGGGGACCCCUGGGUGCCGGGGACAGUCAAAAGAAGAGAUGAGAUCUGCAAGGAGGCCCUGCUGAUCGCCCUCAGCGCCGCCGUGGACAAGAUGAUCGACCACUUCAGCACCGCGCGGAACCUGGUGCAGAAGGCCCAGCUGGGGGACAGCCGGCUCAGCCCAGAUGUGGGGUACCUGCUGCUGCACACCCUCUGCCCUGCGCUCUAUGCCUUGGUGGAGGACGGGCUGAAGCCCUUCCAGAAGGAUGUUAUCACAGGCCAGAGGAAAAACUCCCCCUGGAGCGUGGUGGAAGCCUCGGUGAAGACAGGCCCCAACACCCGCUCUCUCCAGUCCCUCUGCUGGCAUGUGGCCAGGCUGGCCCCUCUCAGCAGCACCAGACAGAAGUUUCAUGCCUUUAUCCUUGGCCUUUUGAACAUUAAGCAGCUAGAGCUGUGGAUCUCUCACCUGCAGAAGAGCCCAGGUGUCAUCUCGACGCUCUAUUCUCCCGUGGCCUUCUUUGCACUGAGUCAAGGCCUUCUUCCCCACCUUGCUGAUGAACUGCUGCUGCUCAUCCAGCCCCUCUCAGUGCUGACUUUCCACCUUGACCUGCUCUUUGAACACCACCACCUCUCUGUAGAUGUGCGACCGUUGUCCCGUCAGCUGGAGUCACCCCCGUCUCCUGCCCCUGUCUUGCAGCAAACCUUCCAGCAUGUGCUGCGGUGGGGUGGCCAGCUCAGUCGCACCUUCCUGGGAGCUGACAGCAUCCCAGAGACCCACAGGCCCCAGGCAGCCCCUCCAGACACUGAGGCUGGCCUCAGUGGCUGGAGACCCUCUAGCUGGCUGUCUCCCAGCACACAUGUCAUGGCCGUGGUGGUGAAGGGGCUGACAUCUGAUAAGACCUGUGAUCAAGAGAAGCCAGAGAGGAGCACGUCUGACACACCCCAGACCCAGAGGGCUGUUCGGGCACUGUGUGACCACACGGGUGCUGCUGAUGGUCACCUGAGCUUCCAAAAAGGAGACAUCCUGCAGCUGCUCUCCACUGUGGAUGAAGACUGGAUUUGCUGCUGCCAUGGAAACAGCACUGGCCUAGUUCCUGUUGGCUACACAUCCCUUGUUUUGUGA